AUGUCUAAAUUCCCGGCUGAACUGUUGGCACCUUUAAUGCACAAGAACGACCGGUCGGUGAGGAACUCUACGGAAUUUUGUGAGCUCAUCCGUGACAUCCGCAUAGACGAUAGCGACGUCAUGAUGUCUUUUGAUGUCAUCUCCCUGUUUACAAACGUGCCCAUUGACGUAGCUCUGUCCGUAGUUCGAACGAAGGUGAGAGCUGACGUUGACUUAGAAGACCGCACUGAUCUUUCAGUUGAGGACAUUUUAGAACUUUUAAAGUUAUGCCUCGCACAAACCUUCUUCCAAUUCAAGAACAGGUUCUUUAAACAAACCGACGGAUGCCCCAUGGGCAGCCCAAUUUCAACGACCAUUGCCAACUUAGUCAUGGAAUUUGUUGAAGACAAGGCCUUAGAGGACGCAGGACAAUUCAUCACCUUUUACAGACGUUAUGUUAACGACACAUUUGUGAUUAUUAAGAAGAAUUUCACCAACGCAUUCUUUGACAAGCUGAACAGCAUUCAUCCUAACAUCCAGUUCACGUGCGAGGAGGAGAAAGAGAAAAAGAUCGCCUUCUUGGAUGUCCUCGUGCAAAGAGACCCGUGCGGAAACUUGAAGACCUCGGUUUACAGAAAACCGUGCGACACAGGUCAGGUCCUACAUUAUGGUUCGGGGCACCCUCUUGAACACCAGCGAUCGGUUGUUCGUUCCCUGCUUUCACGUGCCAUGAAGAUCCCUUCAGAUCAUCAGACAAGACAUGAAGAAAUAACAAAGGCCAAAGCGGAUCUACGAAGAAGGGCAUACCCCGAGCAGUUUAUCUGUGAUACAUACCACCGAAUGAUGAAUACACGCCCGGAACAGGCGGAAAGUACUCAAGAAAGACCCAUGUACGUAACCAUCCCCUACGUGAAGGGUGUGUCAGAACCAAUUACACGGGUGCUCUCCCAGGUGAACAUUAAAACUACAUUUAAGCCCACGACAACGCUGAGGAACGUACUAAGCCACCCCAAGGACAGAACGGCACCGGAAGAAGAACGAGGCGUUGUAUACAAGGUAUCUUGUCAAGAUUGCCCUGCCGUGUACAUCGGAGAAACAGGAAGGAAGACACGAACAAGAAUGAAGGAACACAAGAAUGAUACCGAGAAAUCAGCAACACACCCCACAGAGCUGUGUGAACACGAGCGCAAAACAGGGCACGUGUUAGACCUGGACAACCCAUGCAUUCUGGCGAAAGAGAACAAAUGGGGGCACCCGCAGGCAACGUCUUCGAACCAAACCAUCACUGAGGUAAAGGCCAACAUGCCGGUGUCCUACAUCAGAUGA